AUGGCGACCAAGCAACCGGCCGCGUUCCCGACCCUCACGGACCUCAAGCGGUCGCUACCAAGCGAGUGCUUCGAAUCCUCAUUGCCGCUGUCACUCUACUACACGCUGCGCUCGCUCGUGUUUGCUGGUUCCUUGGCUUUGAGUCUCAGCUACGCGCUCGCCCAGCCACUCGUCCAGAGCUUCUACCCGCUCCGUGUCGCUCUCAUCGCGGGCUACACCGUGCUCCAGGGCGUGAUCUUCUGGGGCUUUUUCACCAUCGGUCAUGAUGCCGGUCACGGCGCUUUCAGCCGCUACCCGGUGCUCAACUUCACCGUCGGGACGCUCAUGCACUCGCUCAUCCUCACGCCGUUCGAGUCGUGGAAACUCACGCACCGCCACCACCACAAGAACACGGGCAACAUCGACCGAGACGAGAUCUUUUACCCCCAACGGGAGAGCGACGACCACCCCGUUUCUCGCCAUUUGACCUUCACGCUCGGAGCUGCGUGGUUCGCCUACCUCGUCGAGGGGUUCCCACCUCGGAAACUCAAUCACUACAACCCGUUCGAGCCGCUCUUUGGACGGAGAGUAGCUGCUGUUAUCAUCUCACUUCUCGCCCAGUUUUUCGUCGCGGGGCUCUCGAUCUACCUCUGCUUUCAAGUGGGAGUUCCGACGGUGGCGCUCUAUUACUACGGACCGAUCUUUGUCUUUGGCACGAUGCUCGUCAUCACGACGUUUUUGCACCACAAUGACGAGGAGACGCCGUGGUAUGGAGACGAGGACUGGUCGUACGUCAAGGGCAACCUCUCGUCGGUGGAUCGGUCAUACGGACCGCUCAUUGACAACCUGAGCCACAACAUUGGCACGCACCAGGUCCAUCACCUGUUCCCCAUUAUUCCCCACUACAAGCUCAAGCCCGCGACAGCUGCUUUUCGUCGUGCUUUUCCUCACCUCGUACGCAAGAGCGACGAGCGGAUUCUUCAGGCGUUUUACCGCAUCGGUCGGCUCUAUGCAAAGUACGGCGUCGCCGACUCGUCAGCCAAGCUGUUUACACUCAAGGAAGCCCAAUUGACGUCGAAAGCAGCAAGUGAUGCCAAAGCAGCUUAG